GACCCCCACUCUCUUCCUGUGUGUCAUCACUUAGGAACGCAAAAUUGUGGAAAGACUUUGAAUUGGGCUGUAUGUGAACUGGAUGGGGGCGUUCAACAAUGUUGAUUCUCGCUGCCGUUUAAGUUCAUUUUGUUAGGUUGUUGGGUUCCUGAUAUGGAUCCUGGGUGAAACUGGAUGUGUGGGUUCUCAGUGCAAAGGGAUUCGGAUGUGGAUUAGUAUGCUGAUGGGGAGGACCUGAGCUUUGGGGACGUAGCACUCUGUAGUCGGACCACAUGGACAUGUUUGGUUUUUCCAAGAUGCCAAAGCUGUCUGGCCAUAAGAACAAAGCCUCAGGCUGGCCGCCCCCUGGUCCGGGCUCAUGGGGUGGGCUGCAGGGGCCUCCUUACAGCUGGGACAGCAUGAACAGCACCAGGGAGGGACGGAAUUGCCUCACCAACCAAGUGUCCCAGAGCAGCUCCCUGGAGGAGGUUCAUCUGGAUGGGGUCCCCCCCACCCCUCGCCUGGUAGAGAUGAGACGGGACCCGGUCCUGGGCUUCGGAUUUGUGGCAGGCAGUGAGAAACCAGUGGUGGUCCGCUCUGUCACGCCAGGUGGUCCAUCAGAGGGGAGGCUGUUGCCAGGCGAUGAGAUCAUCAUGAUUAACGACGAGCCCGUCAGCUCGGCUCCGAGAGAACGAGUCAUCGACCUCGUCAGGAGCUGCAAAGAAUCCAUCAUGUUGACUGUUGUCCAACCGUAUCCUUCCCCUAAAUCAGCGUUCAUCAGUGCAGCCAAAAAAGCCAUGCUCAAGUCCAAUCCGGUCAAAGUGCGCUUUGCAGAGGAGGUCAUUAUAAACGGCCAGGUUCCAAACCCGGUGAAGGACAAUUCUCUUCUGUUCAUGCCAAAUGUCCUGAAGGUCUACCUGGAGAACGGGCAGACAAAGUCUUUUCGCUUUGACAGCAGUACCUCGAUCAAGGAUGUGAUCCUGACCCUGCAGGAGAAGCUGUCAAUCAAAUGCAUUGAGCACUUCUCCCUCAUGUUGGAGCAGAGGGCGGAGGGAUCUGGCAGCAGACUGCUGCUCCUGCACGAACAGGAGAUGCUUACUCAGGUGACCCAAAGGUACGGCUCUGACAAGAUGAAGUGUUUCUUUAGGAUCAGCUUCAUGCCGCGGGACCCAGUCGAGCUGCUCCGGAGAGACGCUGUGGCGUUUGAAUACCUCUACGUGCAGAGUUGUAACGACGUGGUCUUGGAGAGGUUCGGCCCCGAGCUGAAGUACGAUGCCGCGCUGCGAUUGGCUGCACUGCAGAUGUACAUCCUCACCAUGACGACCAGACAGAGCCAGAAGGUCUCACUCAAAUACAUCCAAAAAGAAUGGGGUCUGCCGGUGUUCCUGCCUCCUGCCGUGCUGUCCACCAUGAAGGAGAAAAACAUCAGGAAGGCUCUGACACACAUCCUCAAAACCAACCAGAACCUCGUGCCUCCAGGGAAAAAACUGACUGCUUUGCAGGCCAAGGUGCAUUACCUGAGGUACCUCAGUGAACUCAGACUGUACGGAGGGAGGGAGUUCAAAUCAAUACUUUUGCAAGGGGAGAAACAGACAGAAGUGACGCUGUUAGUGGGCCCACGAUACGGCAUCAGUCAUGUUAUCAACACCCGCACCAACCUAGUGGCCCUGCUGGCCGACUUCAGCCACGUCAACCGCAUCGAGAUCCUCACGGAGGACGACGUCAACGUCCGGCUGGAGCUGCACGUUCUGGACGUCAGGCCCAUCACACUCAUCAUGGAGUCAAGUGAUGCCAUGAACCUGGCCUGCCUCACAGCAGGCUACUAUCGCCUCCUAGUGGACUCAAGGAGAUCUAUCUUCAGCAUGGCCCACUGCAACAACACAGGAGGGGAUGACACCAGUCAUGAUCGUGUGCUGGAGUGGCCGUACAGCACAUCUCUGGGGGAAAAUGAGCCAUCACCUGGCCAGGGAGAGGUCUACAACCGAGACUCGGCGUAUUCAGACAACGGGCAGAGAGAGAACAGCAUCUCCCCGUACUUUCACGAACCCCAAAACCCCGACAGAGACCUUGGGACACGGAGAAGUCCAUUGCCCCCUCCACUUCCCCCCGCCACCAGACACAAACCUCAAGACUCACCUCGGAGUGCCAAAGUGUCGUUUAUAUUCGGGGGGGACCAACCCUUGAACAAGUCUAAAAACUUAGGCUAUGAGAGACUACUGGAGAGCCCUGAGGUACCGGAGCACCGGCCGCUAUACUUGCACAACAACACAGACUUUCAGUCACAGGAUACAGUGCCAUUUCAGUUUAGUGGUCUGACACAUGUCUAUAGUAACAUUAUCAGUGAGGAAGGCGGUGAGGAGCCACUGCUGAGAGACCUGUUUUAUCGCGACACGACGGAUGACGCAGAGGAUGACGAUGAUGCCUCCUGUGAGGAAGACUCCACUGGGGGGACACCUGUGGGUGAUGGCAGAGGAGGGGGAGAUGAUAACUGCAGUAACCAAGGAGGAGGGCUCUCCAUUGCAGCUGGGAAAUCCACCUUCCUCACGCUUUCUGGUUCUACGGAUGACAUCAUCGACCUGACGUCGCUCCCUCCUCCUGAGGGAGACGGUGGGGUCGACGAGGAUGAGGAUGACACGCUGCUGCAGACGCUCAACCUCGCAAUCGCGGCCCCACCACAGGGUUUUCGAGACAGUUCUGAUGAGGAUGCGGCACCCGAGGGGAGGCCUCUAAGCACGCGGGACAAUGACGAUAUUCCGGUAUCUUUAAUUGACGCCGUUCCAACACAUGGAGAGGGGGAAGGGUCCAGGGGAGGGGAGACGAGGCUGGAGAAUGCCGUUGUGAAUACUCUACAGGCAUUGGAGGCUCUGUCUGUCUCUGAGCAGAGGCCUCCUCCGCCACCACCCAACAGUAACAACCCAGGUGUUUUUGCAUCUCGAGGCUUCAGCCCAGGGUCAUCCUCAGAUUCUGGAAAUGAGACCAACUCCUCAGAGAUGACUGAAAUCUCUGAGCUGGCGGCUUCUCACAGGCUCAGUGAGAGCCACAUGCGUCUCCUUGUGGCCACAAGGGAGGGAUACCAACCUUUGCUUGAGGAGAAAACCGAAUUCCCCAUCUCACCCAGGACAGGAGGAACAAUGCAGAAGAAACCUCUCAGUCCAACAAGGCACCUUCAGCCUCCAGCAGUUCCUCCAAGACGGAGCCCCCAUUUGGACACCACAUCAUCAGGGCCAGACACCUUAGUGGUGAGGUCCCAGACUAACCUCUCGUCCACUCUGCAGCGCCCAAGCUCCACCACACCCGGAGGGAAGCAUCACAAGAAGUCUGCAGACUCCAGUGGGAAAUAUAACACCUUCAGCACAAGGGAAGGGCAUCGUGGAGAGAGUGGCUUCAGUCGCAGCCAUCUCAACUUGGACCAGCGCACUUCGUUCUGCGAGAGAGGGGAAAGUCAAGGACGGCAAAAUUCUUUUUUGGCAGAAAAUCCUGGAGCAAACAGCCUCCCCUCUGACCAUCCCAGAAUUCCCCGCCCUCCUUCCUCUGCCUCAGAUCGCCUCUUAGAUGGUGUCAACAUGGGGGACUGUGGUACAGACAAUGGAGCUGUGACUGUUGAGCAAGAUGAACAUCUUGUUGUAGCAUCACUGAUUUCUCCAACCAAAAAAUCCAGAUCUGGGGGGUCUAACCAGGGAUCUGAUAUACAAAGUGACCAUCAACCAAUUUCUAGACAGCAGAGUGUUGCACGGUUGUGCGAGUACCACCUUGCAAAAAGGAUUUCAAGUUUGCAAGGAGAAGCCCACAGUUCACUGCAGGGUUCUCUGUGCUCAUCACUGGAUGCUGGUGGCAGCACAAACAGCAGUGCCUGCGCCACCCCAACUGACUCACCGCUUGGCCUCGGUGCGACUGAAUCAAAGCACCACCAUUUGCAAAGGCACCCACUUUCCAAUUCCUCGUCCUCCUUACUCAGGGUGCUGAACUAUGAAGAUAGCAAACAAAACAUCCCUGCUCAAAGCGCGCAGGGAAAAGACCUCCACCCCCAUGCAGACCCCGCCCUACUUCGGAAAAUGCUACCAAAUAUUCACUCCCCUGGCGCUGGGGCCGAACAGGCCCGAUCCUCCUCAGCCACACCAUCAAAGCAUAAAGAGACCACAGGUACUGGAAACAAGAAGUCCCACAAUGAUCUGCAUGCAAAACAACAGGCCUGUUUUAAGGGGCUGAACCAGAAAGAAGGUAGUGAGGCCUACAGACAACUGAUUAACUAUCUAACAGUCAGCCAGAUGCAUCAGGGAGGGAAGCUGCACAGUGCAGGCAUGGGUGGGGCAGUGAAAAAGGACACCAGGCGCUUUAUCACUAGCAACCCUCAGCUUGUGGAAAUGGUUAAGAACAGGGGGAACACCAUUGCUCGCUGCCCAUGUAUGCCUUCCUCCAUAUCAUCCCCAUUUCUUAACCCCAAUGUGGCAAACCCUAACGCGGCCACCAUGCAACUGGCUAAUAAAAAUCUGCGGUCAUAUAAUUCAGCCACACUUCCUGCCAAACUCAAGAGGAGUCCUGAGAUGCACGCUAACAGGCUGAAUGACAAUCUAGAAUUCAGGCCAGCUAGUGCCGAGAGAAGAAGCUCCUUUUCUGGCCUGGAGAAUGAGCUAGAGCGGAGUGAAAUGGACCCAGAACACUUCCUAUCACUGUAUAAGUCCGAGGGUUGUAUCAACCAGGAUGGGGGGUUCAUCGCAGGUGGAAACCACAAUGGUGGGGGUACCACUAGCCGUCCCCCACCUCGAUCAAGAAGCCAACCUGGUUGUAGCACAGAGGACUGGUUAAAAUCAGACCAGAGGGCUAAACACGGCGUGCGUCAGUCUCCUCAUCCUCGCCCAGACCUAAACAGUGUCUCACUAGGAAGGGGAGAACACCCAUCAGCUUUUAUCAGGCAGGCAUCUAGUAGCAGAUCUUGCAUUACAUCUCCAGCUCCCAACCUACAAUCUCCACCUCCUCCGCCGCCACCACCUCCGCCUCCUCCUUUAUCUAAAGCCAACACUAGCUCCAGCAAUUCAGCAUUCACGCAAGAUUCCAUCCAUUUGCUUCAGUCCCGGCAGAGUCAGAAUCACAUUCAGGCCAUAUCUACACCCCUUCCCCAGACAGAUACCUUCAGUAAUAGCCUGCAAAGGGGCCGGGAGCUCAAGCGCAGCUCCAGUAAUGUCACUGCCAGCUCUGGGAGUGUGGAGGUUCUGUUUGAAAAGCCCACCCGCAGCCGCAGUCAGCAGCCCUUGUUGCCAUCUGUGCCCCAGCAAGGUGAGACCAAAGUCCAGCGGAGGCCAACAAGGAAGCGGCUCUCCAAGAGCUAUUCCCAAGGUUCUGUAUCUUCCCACACCACAUGCUGGUCUACAGGCAGCAGGAUAGACAGUAGACGGGCAUCUGUGGCAUUUCCUUUGCAGAAAGACACUAAACACAUGAAGGGCUCUCAAAAACUGGACACCAGUCCCUGGAGAUGCAACGGGCCUUUUAGCUACUGUUUCUUCAAACGUAAGAGUGAGGGCGAGGAGGAUGAGAUCGAGUGGGAGAGGCCCAGACGAAGCCGUAAUAUGGAGCAUGACAGUGCCGCUGCAGCAGCCAUAUUUCCCUGUGGCUCAGCAUUGGACGCAGCUGGGGAGCAGCUCUACGGAGAGGUCCUGAAUAACAUGAGCUUCAGUGACCGUCUUGCACGGAUUAACGCACUCAAGGACCGCAUGUACGGCUUCCCAUCUGGCUUCACCGAUGUCCGCCGCGAUGCCAGUGAGCUCAUCGCACUGGUGAGAUCCAGCGUGGGUCGCUGCGACCGCGGACCCCAGAUGCCAAUCCAGGAUGUUUCCCAGUACAAGCAGCUCCUCUCUGUAGAGUCAAAGGAAUUAGGCCGGGCAUGCCGUAGGAUGGCACAGGCCCACAGCAGUCCUGAGGAGAUGCUGCUCGCUGUGACUUGUAGCUUCCAGGUGCUUUGCUGCCUCUGCGAAGCCUGUAUGUGUCUGGUGAGGGGGCUCGGAGUCUCUGCCCCACACCAGCAGAGAGAAGUGGUGGCGAAGGUUGAUGAGGUUGUUAUGAACUACAUCUGUUUGCUCAAAGCGGCUGAGACUGCCACCGUGGGAGCACCAGGGGAGCACAGCGUUAAAGCCCUGGUCCGCCACUCCAGUACUAUGUCGGCCAUCGCUAACGCACUCACCCGCUCCCUUAAAACGCUGCUUAGCAAGUAGAGGCUACUCCUUAUGCUUUAUAGUGUGGCCUACACAGUCAGUAAAAGUCUGUCUUUAAGCAUCUUGUAAUUUCUGCAGAAAGAGUCAUAUUUUUCAUAUUAGCUUUGGACGACUGUUUUUUUUUGUCUCCAUAUCAAAAUCAAUAGUGCGCUGCAGUUCAAUGAACCAUUGAGGUGACGUAACACUGAAACAGAAAGAUGCUGAAAGGCAGUCUAAAUUGACUGCACUUGCUUUUUCUGAUGACAAUAUUGUAAUGUAUAUUCACAAAGCCAUACUGUCACAGACCUUUUUAAUAUGAAAUGUACCUAAUAGAUUCCCCUUUACCUGUGCAUUAUGUAAGUUAUUAAAAACAAAACAUGUUUAUAAUGUACAUAAAUACAACUAAAUUAUAUUAUUUGCUGUAGCAGUUUCAAGAGGCCAUUAAGUAUCUGCUUAAUUAGCUCUGAUAUUGUACAUGGCUGGGGUGAGUUCACUUUCAGUUCUAUCAAAGUGCAGUUUUACUAUAGAUAUUUAUAAUUAUACCUACAAUACUUUACCUGUAGAAUUCUAAAUGAAAAUGUGCCACUGUUAAGUCCAGUGAGGAAAUUAUUGCUGUUAUUUUAUUCACAUAUAUGUGUAAAUGCUAAAUUUUUAAAUGUAAAUGUGAAAUGAUUUCAACAUUUUUUUGGUAGAUGAAUGGA